ACUAUUAUGUAGCGCUGUAGCAGCUGGCUUUCACAGACGGUGGGGACUUCGUCCAACUUUUAGCGUCACUUCGAAAGAAAGAACAUCACCUGUCUGUUAUCCACCUGGAUGACCACUGGUGAAGGGGGUCAUCGGCCAUCAAGUUUUACAUUUCAGUGGUUUUACAUUUCGCUUUGCCAGAUCUAAAGCGACUGAAUCUAGUGUAAGAGCGCUUAUAAAGCUAGGGUUCCUCUAAACUAGCGUUUGGCCAGUCUGUUUUAUUUGUCUUUAUUUGCUUGGGGAUGUGGAACUGUAAGGAGUGUAGUCUCUCUCUGUCUAGUGGACAUGAGCUGCUAAAACAUUUUAGACUUCAACACCAGCAACGUUACCCCAUGCCCACACAUAGACUGUCCAUGUACUUUUAAGACAUGGAAUGCUUUGUAUAUUAAUUUCAGUAGAGUCCAUCCUAAACAAAGCACUCAGGAGCUACAAGAAUUAUUAACAUACAGUCGUCAUUUGUGCACAUGUAUUGAUCUAACUACAGAGACGAACUAUUUCUCACACAUUAACAGACAUUUGAAAAGUAAUGAAACAGUCGGUUGUAUGGUUUGGGGGCUGUAAAAUACAGCACCUUUUCUAAAUGGAAAAUAUUAACACUGGACUCACACUUAACGCAGACAGUUCCAUGGUGGACCUUAGUUGUUGGAAGUAUUUUACCAUGAGUCAGCCAAACAAUUUUAACGUUAAUUUUUUUUAUUUAAUGAGAUGUGAAAUCUCCCUCCCCCCACCCCCCAAUAUAUCCCACCCUAACUCCCAUAGGACGUUGAUCAAGGUGCACAAAUGGCCAUAGCCGAGACUCUUUGGAAUCAUCGUUAUUCGACCGGAGGGUGCAGAGCCUAGUGAUGCCAAUGAGGAUGUUGGGAUUGUCCUGGAGGGGGUGGAAGUAAUGAACAACUUGGGCAAUGUGCUGUGUUGAAAUCCACAUAGAUUUCCACAUGAUUAAAUAGCUUUCUUUCAGCAUAAAGCAUAUUUGUUGAGCGAACUUAAUUUUCAUGAGUUGGAUGAACUUAAGUAGUGUGAAGGUACCACUGUAAUGUAAGUUGGUUUCAACUAAAUUUUCUUUCAUCUUAAUCAAGUAAAGUCAAUUAUUUGGUCCUAAACAUUGCAAAUUAGUUGGGCUGGCUUUAUUAAAUUACAUUGGGUCCAACUAAAGUAAAUGAGUUGAAUCAACCUUAAAAAAUAAGUUGAGCAAAAACAUUUGCUUUAAAUUGGAGUAACAGAAUUACACAGUGCUGAAAUAAAGCAAAGUAAUCAGGUGGAACAUUUUCCAUGAUUUUUUUUAUGUUCAUCCAAAGAGUUAUUUUUUGAGUAAAUAGCGCUGUAGAAUUUUAGUUUGCCAAAAUAAAUAAAUAAAAAUAUAACCWUUUUAUUUCUACACCCCAAUGAUGUGCUGUUUUGUACUAAAAUAUUGGAAUCCCAAUAAAAUACAUUAAGGCUUGUAAUUUGAWCUUGAGUAGACAUUGAAGUUUACAGGUGAAUAGUUGUGCAAGGCCCUAUCGUAGACGAYGUCCUGUUCUUUGCUUUACAGCCGCUAGGUGUCGCCAGACAUCAGAUGUUUGCCAGUUGAAUGUCCAGCAGUGCGUUAACCUGUUUUCAAAAGUGUUGUCCGAAGGUCAUUAAACACUACCCGUACAACCAAAAAACUGUUCCCAUGGACAUAUCGGCAGUAAAUGCUCUUCCUUAUGAAGAUUUUGUAAAUAUUUUCGGUAAUGUAGUGGAGAAAUGUCCUCUUAUAACAGCCGCUGUGUGGACCCGUCGUCCCUUUACGAGCUUAMAUGCUUUAGAAGCUGCGAUUAAUGAAUUCAUCGAUGCUCUCCCAGAGUCAGGUAAGGAGGGGAUCCUCAGGUGUCACCCGGACCUCGCGGGCAAGCAUCUCCACAGCGGUGCAUUGACCCGGGAGUCCCAGGAAGAGCAGACCCGAGCCGGGAUGGACGCGCUGAGCUCGGCGGAGGCCUCGCAGAUGGCGCGGCUGAACGAGGAGUACAAGGGGCGUUUCGGCUUCCCGUUUGUCAUCUGCGCGCGGAUGAAUGACAAGGUGGCCAUCUUGCGCGAGCUCUCUGAGCGCUGCCAGAACGAGCGCGCGACGGAAAGGGCGCGCGGCAUUGGGGAGGUGAAGAAGAUCUGCCGCCUGCGUCUCCAAGGUCUCGUGCUCUCUGACGCAACAAACAAGUUAUAAAGCCUAGAGCUCUGUUCCAGUGUAACCACAUUUAACAGGGAGCUGCAAUACUUGUAUAUGUUUUUAUUUCAAAGUUAGCAUAUACACUUUUAAACAGUGUAAUUAAUAAACCAUGUGAUUUAAACUUUUAUACACAGGUGGAUGCUGAUAUAUGGAACGUACACAAUAGUAAAACCUGUUGCCUACUUGU